UUACAGAGACAACGGGACCUACGACGACCACCGCGCCGAUCGUGCUGCCCACCAUGCCGCCCUACGACGUCUCGUACCCGGCGACCACGGACUACUACUGGGGCACGAUUCACAAGACCAUGACGGACGUGAACGGCGUCGCGGACAACUACGAGGUGACGGCGGGGCCCUUCGGCUUCGGACAGGCAAUCAGCAUCAGCAGUGACAAGGAGCAGUGUGUAAAAGAGAGCGACUACAACGUCGCAAUAGACUCUUGCUCGGGAAACCCCACUGACUGUGACAGAGGCAUCAGCAUCAGCGUCUGGGAGAAACCUAUCUUCAGCGCCACGGUCUUUGAAGCCUUAAACAACAGCGCCCUGGCUUCGAAGAAAUACGUCCUUUCCACUGGUGGCGACAGCGCGGGCCACCCAGGGAUCGCCAUCUACCACGACGGCCUGUACUUGGUGGCUGUGGUGUCCACGGGCGACGAGUACUGGGAGCUGAAGGUGGCGGGGCCGCUGCAGAACAACACCUGGAGCAACAUCGCCAUCCGGUGGGAGCAGCCUGGCGCUGACGACGGCACGCUCGACGAGAAGACCGGUGGCCUGGAGAUGUUCGUGAACCUGAAGAAGGUGGGCCACCAGGUGGACAGCGAGUCUUCCGCGCCGGCCAAGCAGCCUCUGGACCCGACGGAGAUGAUGCUCGGCUGCCACAAGGACGCCGAUAACCAAGUAUACAGAGGUUUCAACGACGCGGAGUACGACGAGCUCGCCACCUGGACGAGGAAGCUGCCGGACAACGAGACGCUGUUCUUCUUCGGUGGAUACGAGGCCAACUUCUCCGACAUCGAGCCCGAGAAGUUCCAGAGCAUGCUGACGCAGGUUGAGCUGAAAGACCCCGCCCAGAUGGCUUUUGCUAUCAACAUCCUGAGCAAGAUGACCUCGACGGAGAACGUGGAUCCCACGACGGCGACCCCGACGGAGGCUGCCUCCACCUCCUCGUCUUCAGGUCCAACACUCGGAAGCCCAACAGCCGCAACGACCCAGAGCGUGCAGAGCGCGGCGGAGGCAGCGGGUGUGAAGCAGAUUACGACCAUGAGGAACAUCAUGAAAACCAUGACGAACCUGGACAACAUCAACCCAGACAUGCCUUAUUCCGGAUUCAAGUCGGCUAUGAGCCUCCUCGACGUGGCCAGUAACCUGCUGGGGAAGGAUUCGUUCUCGAAGUGGCGAGGUCUCCAGAGCAAGAAGGACGAGCCGGGGUCCGCUGAGCUGGUCAAGAACCUGGGGAACUGGCUCACCACCAUGGCCAGGGAGGUCAGCUUCACCAACGAGUCGGACACCAUUGAUUUCGCCAAGACUACGGACAACAUCAUGGUGCGAGUAGUGAAGAUGAUGCCCGACGAUUUGGCCAAGCAAGGGAAAUAUUUUGAAACACCGAAUUACAAGCACGCCAAAAUCAAACCUCAUAUGGACGAGUGGGACUUACCUUACGACCGGGCUGUGGUUCCAACGGACUUGUUUGCGGACGAGCGGUGCGGAGAGCGGCCCGUGAGUGUCACGAUGCAGCUCUUCGAUACCUACGACGACGUGGUGCCCAUGAAGGUCAACCCGGCGACCCUCCACCCGCGGGAACACAACAUAAUCGACUCCCGCGUCAUCGACAUCCACAUCACCGUCGACCUCGUCCGAAAGCCCGACGGCCUCAUCGACCCUUCGGCGCCCGACUGCAAACCCGACCCCGACAAGCUGAAGGACACGCCGGUGCGCUACAAGCUGGAACACAACACCAAAGAAUUUUCUCUGCGACAGUUAAGCUUCCACUCGGACGAAAAGGAAACGGAGAUCAGGCAAAGGUACUGCGUUUGGUGGAACGACGACAUCGGUGACUUCGGGGCCUGGGACACGAGCGGCUGCUCCCUCCUGAAGACCACCGACGAACACACUCUCUGUGCCUGCGACCACUUCGGCACUUUCUCCAUUCUGGCUGAGAAAAUCGAGCCGAAGGUGGUGCCGGAGGAAAAGUUGUGGCUAACCAUCUUGCGUUACGUGGGCUACAGUCUCUCCUUCGUGUGCCUCAUCAUCUACAUCGUGGUCAUCGCUGUUUCGGGUGACUUGAAGGAGCAGUUCCACCUCAUGGGCAUGAACCUGUCCAUCGCAGUCCUCCUUGGCUCCAUCUGUAUGCUAAUCACAGAUAUCCACGCGGUGAGAGACGAUCGCCACGCGUGCACUGCCUUAGGAACCCUCCUGCAUGUGUUUUACCUCGCUGCCGGGGCGUGGGUAGCCGCCUUGGGCCACGCGUGCUUCAAGGCCAUUACGUCAGGCGUCGUCGGAGGUCGCUUGCGUGCCUAUUGGUUUUUGUGUUGGGGCUUCCCGCUCAUAUCAAUGGGUCUUACGUAUCUGCUGUUCCUGCACGACCUCGGCGACGACCCUCGCUGCUUCAUCGCGUGGGAGAACACACCGAAGUACGUGUUCUUCGCGCCGCAGAUGCGGCACCAUCGUCCUCUGCAAUCUUGCCACACCGGCGCUUAGAAAAGAUAAUCUAAUAGACGACUAUGGAACCUUCUGCCGUGGCGCCGCCCUCGUCAUGCUCUUCUUCGACCUCAUCUGGACUUUCGGCCUCCUCACCUACAUUCGCUUCGGCUUCAAGAACCCAGAUUUCUAUCCUAUCUUUCAAGUUCUUAACUCAGCCUCGCCCGUCAGCGCCUCGGGGGUCGACAUGAACCGGCCCGCGACCUCCGCGUCCGAUUUCCCGUCUCGGCCUGCGUCGCGGGGGCUGGUCGCUGGGAGGCCCGGAUCCCGCACGUCCUCGGCCACAACCUAAAACGAAGACAACCGCUUCAUUAAAACGUAACGAUAUCGAAACCAGGAAAUGGCUUAAAGAACUUGUGUGUGUAAAUGUAAUAGCAUGAAAUAAAAAAAUAUAUAAUGGAAGUAUUUAGCACCAACUGCACUAGAUCAUCAUCAAGAAGGGGUAGGAAGAGGGUUACGAAAUAUUUACGGAAAGAAAAAAGGUUUAAAAUCCUUGCGCCAUGUUAUCGUUGACUCAUGUUCCACAUUCUUUUGCUCUCAUUUAUCUUUAUUUCAAUUUUUAAGUAAUUUUCAUUUAGACUGAAUAAAAAACAGUCACGAUCACUUCAUUUUGUAGAAUUUGCUGAUCUACUUUAGAGAUGGACGUCCUCUGAAGUACACCAGCAUAACAGUCCGAUAAUUAACAGUCAGCGUUAACGUUCCAUAUCCAGUUGUGUGCAUUCUUGCUUGUGUGUUUAACCCUACAGCCUGCUUUGCUGUCUUGAAGAGCGUUUCUUCAGAGGGGCAGACAGCACAAGGAGGUUGUCAUAAGUGCAAAGAUAUGUUUAAUCCUCAUAUUCAGCAGUGUCAGGGUAGUUGCUAGACAGUUAUUUUUUGUUUUAUUUGUGUGUGGAAUAAAAUGUGUUCAGCAGUC